GUCAAAGAUGCAGAGGGUUCACUUCAUGUGGUUUUUUAAAAACUAUCUGUGCUGUCACUGAACAGUCCAUCCAAGAAAUAAAAUAACAAACUGUUGCUUUUGUAUUUGAGAUCAUAUCCCAUUGCCCCGGCUAUAUUUUUUAUUGUUGCCCAAAUUAACCUUUCCUCUUUUGUAUCAAUUACCCUUGUUUGGUUCGAAAGAGGUAGGAUGGGUGGAGAAAUGGGCAAAGGGGAGAACUGAUUUUCUUAAAGUCCUUGAAAGUCAAAUGGGUAAAGUUUUUGGGAACGGGGGGGGGGGGAGUAUUUCGGUUUAUGAUGUUUGGUUGAAGUUAUUUUCAAUUAGUUUGUUAAACAUUGGUGGAAAAUUAAAAAAUAAAAUUUAUAUAUUUAAAUUACUUCAAAAGGUGACUUGACUAUUUUAUUGUAUCAAAUAAUGAGCAAAGAAAAUAAGCAAAGAAAGAAGGUAUAAUUUGAUCUUUUAAAUAAUACUACUAACUACGGAGUAUAUAGUACUCCCUCCGUCCCGCUUUGUUUGUCCACUUUUGACUUUUGGAACUGUUCAUCUAAGCACUUUGACUCAUCAAAUUCUCUCAAUGUGUAAGCCUAAAUAUAGUCAUGCGUGAUCUUGUUUGAUUUGUCUUAACAUAUAGAUUAUUAAUAUAUAAUUUCUAUAAUUUUUUAAUAUACAAAUUACAAGAUAAAAUGGAUUAAAGAAGUGUAUUGGAUGGUGUGCAAAAAUGAAAGUGGACAAAUAUAGUGGGACGGAGGAAGUAAAAGUUAAGUUUAUUUAGAGGCAAAGGGAGUACAACCAAACAACGGUGCAGUGAAAGUUUGGUUCUACAUUACUAUAUUCUUUGCUUUCUUGUAAUUGCUCAUUUGUUGUCAUAUUUACAAUAACAUAGUUGACAUCAGUUACUCUCAGGUUGAAGUCAAACUGGAUUUACCUCUGGAAGACCAUCUUUCUUCAAUGAAAUUGGAACUUCUAAGCAGACAUUGCACACCAACAAUAACAGAUGACAUGGGAUUCACUUCUGCUGAAAAUUCUUUCACCCUCAAGGAAGUAAGGUCUGCUCAUGGUAAAGGGAGGGGCAUUCCACAAUCCUGCCGUGCAUAUGCUCGUGUUUUGUGCUCAAAAUCUCCUCAAGAAAUAAAUGAUUUUGCAAAAGAAGCUGCAGAAAAUGACGGUCGUCUGGCUCGGGGUCCACUUAGGGAUACAUGUAGAGAAAUUGAAGCUCAUCAAUUCCUGCUUUUGAGAAUAACCGAGUUAAUCUAUUUCUAUGAUGCAUCCCUUAAGAUGUCUCUUGACACGGUUAACAAAAAUGCUUCAAGGCAUCAGAUGGCUUACAAUGUCCUCAGGGGUGAGCUCCGCGUCCUAAAAUCUGCUGCUGCAUGGCUGGAAACCUAUUGCAAGAAACUAUUGAAUGCUUCGUGAUAACAAAUAGCCUUUACUUUCAUGCCUAUUUACCCAGCAUUGGCCUUGUUUUCCUCUUGUUUCAGCUGUUACUGCUAGAUGUUAUUAUUGCUGUUAGGAGUUAGGACAACUGUUAAAGUUUUUUUUUUUGGAUUUCGAAUGUUGGUUUAGGUUUUUAUGAUGCAAAAUUACUUACAAGGACAUCUCUUUAAAAGUGAAAAAAAUUUAGAUUAAAUUC